AUGUACCAGGGCGGCGCUUCCGUCGAAUUACUGCGGGCCGCGGGCAAGGACCCGGCGCGCACCUACGGCGCGAAGCUCAAGGGUGCGGUCCGGAGGACGUACGACGCUGCGACGCGUGGCUACGUGUGGUGCGUGGACGGCGGCGCCUCGACGCGCUUGGCGCUGGGCGACGCGUCGUCGCAUACGUCCAUCAAAGGUGGGUUGGGGCUGCACAUGCGCUACGUCGCGUUACAAGUGAAACUACCGCCUGGUCGUAGUCAGUUCGCCGUCGAGCUUUCGAUUGUCGACCAGAGCGGUCGAAGACGACGGUUGUUAUUAUCAUCAAGCUUCGGGUCGAUCACGUCCUCGACGUUACACGCCCAGCUGCCCUUGGCUGCUGAUUUAUUGCCGAGAGGCACUUGGACUACCCUAACUUUGGACUGUGUAGCAUUAGCUCAACAAGCAUGGGGAGAUUGCUUUCGCGCGUUAGAUGGAUUGAGUAUCGCGCCACAAUGUAAACUAAGGUGUAUCGUCGCUCUACGAGAUGGUGAGGUGCGGCCGAAGUGUAUAACACUGCCGAAAUCAGUUCCAAUGGAAACGGUACACAUCCCCGGCGAGGUCCAGCAACCGACGCCCUCAAAGGCGCCCUCGCCCCUAGACGUCGUGGGCACGGGCCUCCGGAAGAAGCCGAACCUCGCGUUCGGGAGCCGCGCGCCGGCCCUUCCGAAGCCGAGGACGCCCCUACCGUCACCGCCAUUACCGCCGCCUCCAACGGCGCCGACACCGAUGCCCCCUAGAACGCCCAUCGAGUUCUUCAACGAGGGGGUGCGGCGAUCAGGGAGAGCCCCGCCCACGCAGUCGACGCGGUGCAGCCGCGACGUCGGCUUCGUCGAGCCGGGCCACGCGACCCGGAGGUCCCUCAAGGCACCGAAGCGGCCGCCGACGCCCGCGGCGCCGCACAUGGACGAGGCGCCCCCUUCCUACGACGCGUCGGUCUACGCGUCUUCCGUGUUGAAGAGUGCGGACUUCAAGCUGCCGCCGGCCGAGGACGAGCCGCCGCCGUCGGCGCGGGCGUCGGUGGAGGCCUCCUUCGACGCCACCAAGUUCGCGCUGCCGCCGCGGCCGGCCUCGGCGGCGAAGGCGUCCUUCGACGCCGCCGCGUACGCUGAGGAAGCAUAUGCCGCCGCGCGGGCGCCCCCCGCGGCGUCGUUCGACGACGCCGAGCCGGCCGAGGCGCCCGCGGCGGCGGCGUGCGAGCCCACUGCCGCGGCCUCGUUUGACGCCGCCGAGCUGCCGGUGGAGGCGUCGCUCAAUGACGACUACGAGCUGCCGCCGUCGGCGCAGGCUUCGGUGGACCUCGAUGCCGCCGACUACGAGCUACCUCCCUCGGCGCGGGCGUCGGUCGAGGCGUCGCUCGACGCCGCCGCGUCGGCCGCGGCCUCCUUCGACGCGGCGGCCUUCGCGCUGCCGCGCGGCGACGCGCCCCCGGCCGUCGAGACGAUUCGAUUGACGCCGGCGCACGCGUCGCCGCGGUCCUCCGUGGCGUCCGACUACGACGCGUCCGCUUCCGUAUUGCUCGCGUCCGUGGCGCACCGCGGCGCGCCGACGGUCAACGUGCGGACGACGUCCUACUUCCUCAACGAGAAGGGCGCCGCCGAGGCGCCGGCGCCGGCGCCGGCGCCGACGCCGCGCGACGUGCGGCGGUCGGCCGUCGCGCGCGCCUCGCUCAAGUCGAUCCGCGAGGACGCCGCCGCCUCGCCGGACCCGCUGGAAGAGACGCUCUCCCUCUGCGACUCGCUCGACAAUGAUCAUGAACUGGAGCCGUCCGAGGCGUCGGCGCCCUUCGUCGCGCUCCAGUCGGCGACGCCGCCGCUGCCCGAGGCGCCGGCGCUGCGGCGCUCGGCGCUCCGCGAGCGCACGAACGAGAGCGUCGCGUCGCUGCGGACGCCCGCGAGCGCGGCGUCCCUCGUCUGCCGCAGCGCCGAGUCCCUCGGCGCCGCGCCGCCGUCGACGCGGCCCGGCUCCGCCGCGAGCGCCGCGUUCGGCGCGGCGCCGCCGUCGUCACGCCCCGGAUCCGCAGUGAGCGCUGGGGCGCCGCUGUCGUCGCGACCGAGCUCCGCCACGAGCCCCAAGUCCAUCCGGCCCGGCUCGGGCGCCUCGGCGGGCCGGCCGCGCACGGGCGCGCCGCCGACCGUCGACGAGAGCUGCGUCGGCUUCCCCUUCGCCGACGCGGCCGCGCCGGCGCCCGCGGCGGCGGCGCCGGCCGUCGCCUCGCCGGCGGCACGCGCGGCGACGCCCGAGGUGGCGCCGGCCGCGACGCCCUCCGCGGCGACGCCGGUCGUGGCGGAGCCCACGCCGCCCGAGCUCGCGCCGCUGCCGUCGGCCUCGCCGUCGGCCUCGAUCGAGCGCGCGGCGACGCCCGGCGACGUGAACGCCGCGGUGCUCGCGGAGAUCGCGCGCCUCCGCGCGGAGAACGCCGAGCUGCGCGCCGCGAACGAGCGGCUGUCGCCCGUCGCGGCGCCGGCGCCGCCGCCGGUCCAGACCUCCCUCGACGACCUGCCGCCGCUCGUGGACGCGGCGCCGGCGGAGGGCGCCGCGGCGCCGCCGUCGGUCCACGCGUCGAUGGAGACGUCCUUCGACACCCGCGACUUCGCGCCGCCGGCCGAGCCGGACGCCGCCGCCUCGUUCGACGACUACGAGCUGCCGCCCUCCGUGCGGGCGUCGGCCGCGGCGUCUUUCGAGGCCCCGGAGUACGAGCUGCCGGCGUCCAUGCGGGCGUCCGGGGCGGCGGCCUCGUUCGAAGCCGACUACGAGCUGCCGGCGUCGGCGUCCGUCGAGCCCGAGGCGCCGGCGCCGUUCAGUGCGACCGCGUACGACCGGCCGCCGUCGGCCGCCGCCUCGUUUGAUGCCGCCGCGUACGAAGGGCCCUCGUCGGCGCGGGCGUCGGUGGAGCCCGCUGCAUCCGUACGGGAGUCGGUGGAGCCCGAGCUGGAGCUCGACGUCGAGGAAGCUCCACUGGAACCGCCGGCGGCCGCGCGGUCGCCGGUCGCGGAGCUGUCGCCCGAGGUGCGCGACCUCCUCGCGCGCGCGCCGCCGACGGCGUCGCUCGUGUCGGACCUCUUCGAGUCCGCCGACCCGGCGUCGCCGCCGCUCGGCAAGGUGCGGGCGUCGACGACUUCCGUCGCGUCGGUCGUGACGCCGCCGGCCGCCGCGCCCGCGCCGAAGACCACCACCGCCGCGCCGACGGUCACGCCGCCCGCGGCGGACGAGGACCCUUCGAUUCGCCUCGCGGCGAAGCUCAGGCAGCUCGAGGCCAUGGAGGCCUCCUACGCGGGCGAGUACGGGACCCUCGCGUCGAUCGCCUCCAUGCGGCUGAGCCGCGCGUGA